UACUCUUGUCCUCCCCUGAGCUUCAGAUGGCUUACCAGGUCCUUAAUCUGUCCUGAGUGACAUCACCCUCUCCCUUCACCCUCCACACACUCCUCACAGGAGGGAGAGGGAGGGAAAGCGAGAGGUGGUGGCCACUGGUGGUUCAGGGAAGGUGAAUUAGUCCUGCAGUGAAGCGCAGAAGACUUAGUAAGAGCACACAGGAUCACUCGGACACACUCUGGCAGAGCCAUGGCAGCGGGCACAGCAGAGAUGGACACACACAUGGAGGAGCUGUUGGACCAGGGUCUGGGGAUGGAGGAGACGGCCCAUGGCCUGCUGAGGAGGCCCUCGCUGAAGGAGAUCUACCACAGUGACUCCCUGCUGGCACCCGACACUGACUUUAUGACAGAUGACCGCAGCUCGGCAGCCAGUGGGCUGGAUGUGGCCGACCGUCUGACCUACCUGGAGCAGAGGAUGCAGAUGCAGGAAGAUGAAAUCCAGUUGUUGAAGAUGGCUCUAGCCGACGUCCUCAAGAGGCUCAACAUCUCUGAGGAGCACCAAGCGGCUACUACCACUGCUGCUGGCAGGAGAACAUCGGGCGCUAAAGCCAGGCCAGUGUCUCUAGCUCUGCCCUCCAGACCGCCCAUGGUGACCUCCAGUGCUGCCUCCCUGAAGAAGAGCUCCACGCUGCCCUCCAGCUCCACAGCCAGGAACUACAGCCCAACACCGCCCCGCAGUGGUGUGAAGAGCCCGCCAGAUAGUGUGAAGGACAGUCCAUGUAAGACCACUAAAACACGACCCACCUCUGCAGCCUCCACCUGUAAGAAACCUCCAGAAGGCAACAAGUCCAAGGAGGCUGCAGUAAGUGCAGGGACGAGGCGUGUGACACACUGCAAAGUGACUAUGCAGAUCUAUCUGAGCCCCCACAAAAGAAAGACUGGAUCUUCUGAGACCGCCAAGUCUGCAGCUGCAGUGCCUGCCAACAGCGGGCCCACGGCCACAUCCAGCAACCCUCAGACGAAGGAGGGCAGCAGGCCACAUGGGAGGAAAACAACCCCAUCCUUCACCUUAAAUCUGCAGAAAACCACAACCAGCCAGAAGACAGUGCAGGACACAUCCAGCUACAAGAGCCCCACCAAAUCUCCCAGCCAGUACUUUCAGAUUUGUUACUGAGCCAAGCGGAUAGAGACAGAUUUACUACAAAUGUGUCCUUUACAUCGAGUUAACUAAAUCCAAAUUAAUUAUUAAAAGCCACAAUCUACUGCUUGAACAGAUGCUAAAAGACUGUCUUCCAAUGUUGAAAAAUCAAGAAACU